GUUAAUAUGCAUGUUCCGUUCGUACUGCGUCGCUAUCCGCAUUAUUUAGCUAAAGAACAAAUAAAAGUGAAAUAUGUAUAUAUUUUGUUAAAAUACACAAUUCGCGACAGAGCGUCGUUCCGUUAUGCAGAACUUUAGUAGGACCGUUCAUUAGUUGAUUCAGAAAAAAAAAAUGCGCAUUGAUUUUUAUGAACAUUUUUCAACCAGAUGUUUAAAAUCAGUAGAAGGUUAGAAACAGAGCAUUUCAUUACUUCUUUCAACGCGGCAUCUUCAGGUUACAACCGUGCAACCAUUUAAAACCUAAAAUUCUGAGUCCAACCAACCAACCCAAGCGGUUAAGUUUCAAGUAGAAAUUAUACUUCACAAUCCGAAUUUAUGAUUUCUCAAAAUGUAACCAUUCCGUCUUUUGUUCCCGAAUCGCGAAUUCUUCUCGAAUUAACCACCGCCGGACUAGUUAAUUUGCAAGUCUUGUUACAUGAAACGUUUUGUAGCCGAGUACAUUCCACUAAGAUAUCCUUUAAGAUCAACUUUAUUCUUUGGAAAAAAAUGGGAGUUGGUCCGCAGGCUGAUUUUAUACAGAUGUUAGUGGGUGUUUUCAGCGCUGUUUGCCAACAGAAUACUCCCACUCAUUAGAGGGAAUGUGGCCCAAUCAUUUCUGAGCUUCCCCAGGAUGUGGGCCCUGACUUGGAUCUUGAAAGCUAAAACCCCCACGAAACCAGUGAAAGAUAGAAAGAGGAAUUAAGGACCGCUGGGAGUAAAGUUGCUAAGCACAUCUGUAAGUUUGUUUAUUUUUGCAAAUUCACAAUUUCUGUUUACAGUCUCUUUUCACUGCUCGCUGACGCCAACCUUCGAGGCUUGGUUGAACACAAUAUGCAAGAGGAUUCCAAUUCUCCGUUUUCUCCAGUGGAUAGUUCAAGCAACAGCGAGGGGGAACAGGACACGCAGCAGAAGAGAAAUGGCAGGAAGAGGCGUUCGGGCCAAAGGUCUCAUAGACCCAGUACCGGGAAGAAAGGCAUGAAGAUCUCUCCUCUGGCGCAGAGCUUAGAGGACAUUCAGACCCAGAGAGUCGUGGCUAACGUGAGAGAGCGUCAGAGGACGCAGUCCCUCAAUGAUGCAUUUGCAACUCUUCGCAAAAUCAUUCCCACUUUGCCUUCAGAUAAACUCAGUAAAAUCCAGAUCCUUAAACUGGCCACGAGGUAUAUCGACUUCCUUUACCAAGUUCUGCAGAACGACGAGAUGGAUAGCAAGGUAACGAGCUGCAGUUAUCUGUCACACGAGAGACUCAGUUAUGCCUUUUCAGUUUGGAGGAUGGAAGAAUCCUGGCCUUUGUCUGCCGGCCCUUAGCGUCUGCUGUCAAUCAGGUAUAUUGAUUAGCUACGUGGGAACUCUACGCCAGCGCAUCAAGAACAUUUUAAAGAUGAACUGAGUGUAAAUCAAAAGACAAGAGCACUUAAAUACUGGGCUGCGGAUGUGGGUACAGCUAGAAUGAUACCGAGAGACCCAGCAACAUUGGUCCGUGGAUUCCAUAUCUAUUUAUUUGCAUGUGUCUGCAAGGCUUCAAUCCCACCGUAUAUCGGGUGGCGAGACUGAGAAAUCGUUUUGAUUAACAAGGAAGAAAACAAAGAGACAUAAACUCAGAAGUUUAGAAUAUUAUUUUUUUAUAUUUUAAUUGGAAACCGAACUUUAUUUCUGAAGAAUGAGCUCCGAAUUUCGUCGACCGUCUUGUUACUUUAAGGAAAGCUAUAUGGCGUUAUGUUUUGUAAUAAACGCACACACAUUGCGUCCAUUUUAUUUCUGUUUUAUAUUAUGCAUCGAAUUUUGGAGACUCUGCGCUCCCUGUGGGGCAGUGGGGGCCUUUAGCAGUUAAACAAAAAAAAAAACAAAACCUCAUGCAGAUAAGCUUUGAGAGAAAUAACGUUUCUAUAUGUUUUACGUGAUGAUCCCUUCAAAUAACCCACACGGUUAUCAGACUUAUCGAGUUGCAUCUCCACAAAGAGCAGUCCCCGAGGUUUUAAAUGUUUAAAAGUUCCACUCCCAAUGAAUCUGAAGAUUCCGACAUUUAGAACCACUCCCCCUUCAAAAUAAAAACAAAAACAAUUGGGAUUAGUGAUUCAAGAUCUGAAAAUAAUCCCACUUUUCGUAAAACGACACAGGUAGAAUGGCGAGAGUUUAAUUAUUAUACAUCGUCUAUGAAUUUCAUCCCCAAACUCAGCCCAUGACCAAUGUACAGGUUUUAUCUACAGUACGCGGCAAGUAUAGGCUCGACUUUGCCAGAAAUCCCAUUUACCAACACGCCGUUAUGUUAAAGCUUUGCUGAGUGCUUUACCAAAAUCUAUUUCUUCUCUAAGUGGCCCCUUUCUCACAGACGAUGGGUUAUGAGUGAGAAAUAACGGUGGCGAGUUCCUAGUGCAGGUGUAGAGGGAUUUGAUGUUGGUUCCCGUGAGGACGCGUGACAAGAAGAGGAAUUCAUCCAACACAAAAGUUUCAACCUCAAUCAUAUGGUUUGCUAUCAAUAAUAAAAACAGAAGGAGAGAGAAAGGUCGCAGUUUAUAAAACGAUGCUGUUGCACCCGUCCGCUGUCAACAAACCAACCUGGAUUUAGCACUGAAUUCAAUGCAGUGUUAAAAAUGCAGAUUUAAUUGGUUCCAAAAAUUGCAAUUUCUCUCAAAUGUUUGCAUUGUGCUCUAAAGUUUAGUCACGAGUGAUUUUAAAUUGUGACGUAUUUACCUUUUUAACAGAAAAUUCAAAUUUGCUUUUAAUUUUCUUAUAACUUGAAAUAAGCGUAAAAUAAAAAUGGAACAGUGCUUUCAAAAGAU